AUGGACGAGCUACUGAACGAUGUGGUAAGUGCGGAAAAUCAAGCAGGUCAAGGCGGGGCAGAGUCCGAGAGACUGGUCACGCCCGAAGACGUUAUGACCAUAUCUUCCUUGGAACAGCGGACUUUGAAUCCUGAUUUGUUUCUAUAUAAGGAAUUGGUGAAGGCACAUCUGGGUGAGAGGGCUGCCUCUGUGGUCGGAAUGCUGGUUGCACUGGGCAGAUUGAGUGUUCGGGAGUUGGAGGAGAAGAUAGAUGGCAUGGAUACGGAGAGCAUCAAGACCACGUUAGUGUCAUUGACGCAAUUGAGGUGUGUUAAGUUUUUGCAAGAAACAGCGAUUUCCGGGAAAAAAACCACCUAUUAUUAUUAUAACGAGGAAGGAAUUCAUCUUUUGCUUUACUCAGGGUUGAUUAUUGACGAAAUUACAUCUCAAAUGCGUGUUGACGAUGAACAUAAGCAAUUAGUUGCACAAAUCGUACAAAACGUCAUAUCAUUAGGCUCCCUGACUGUCGAGGACUAUUUGAGUAGCGUCACAUCAGAAUCCAUGAAGUAUACCAUUUCGUCACUCUUCGUGCAAUUAUGUGAAAUGGGAUAUCUUAUUCAAAUAUCGAAAUUACAUUAUACUCCGAUUGAAGACCUGUGGCAAUUCUUAUUCGACAAGCAUUAUAACACAAUCCCCAGAAACUCUCCCUUAUCGGAUUUGAAGAAAAGAUCUCAAGCGAAGAUGAAUGCAAAGACCGAUUUUGCAAAAAUUUUGAGUAAACCAAACGACCUUUCACAAAUCUUAACCGUUGACACCAAGACUUCAUUGAGGGUCGUUAAGUCUACGGUCUCCUUAACUAUUAAUUUAGAUAGGUUUAUGAAGGGUAGAAGAUCCAAACAAUUGACCAAUUUGGCCAAAACGAGAGUCGGAUCCAUUACAGCUCAGGUUUACAGCAUUGCAUUAAGACUCACAGAGCAAAAAUCUCCCUGCAUUAUAGAUCCAUUAACUCAAACAGGUCUUUUACAGGAUUUAGAUGAGGCAAAAUCGUUUCAGGAAGAACUAGAGCUCAUUGAGGAAAAGACGCCAGGUUUAACCUUUAACGCUAUUGACUUGGCAAAGCAUAUCCCUAAAGAAUUGGACCUGCGCGGCAGCUUAGUAACCAAGAAGCCCUCUGACAAUAAGAAACGUUCCGGUUCGAACUCCGCUCAACCACCAGCAAAUAAGAAACUGAAAACUGAAGAUGGAUUUGCCAUUCCUGCGCUACCUGCUGGCAUACUCAAAUCUGUUCCAGAUAGUGAAGAAGGAGAACAAGGAGGAGAACAAGAAGCCGAGGACGACGAUGAAUUGGAUGCAGAUAUGGAAAAUCCGCACUCAGCUUCGUUAAUAAAUAGCCAUUUGAAAAUCUUAUCAUCAUCAAAUUUUCCAUUCCUAAACGAAACAAAACCAGGUGUUUAUUAUGUUCCGUAUAGUAAAUUAAUGCCAACUUUAAAGUCAUCUGUUUAUGAAUAUAUUAUUGCCUCCACACUAGGUCCAUCCGCUAUGCGUUUGAGCCGUUGUAUUCGUGAUAACAAGCUAGUCUCUGAAAAAAUUAUUAAUUCAACUGCAUUGAUGAAGGAAAAGGAUAUAAGAUCGACAUUAGCAUCUUUGAUUAGAUACAACUCGGUGGAAAUCCAAGAAGUUCCAAGAACUGUCGACAGAUCUGCUUCAAGGGCAGUUUUCUUAUUCAGAUGCAAAGAAACACAUUCCUGCAAUUUCAUGAAGCAAAACUUGGAGUGGAAUAUGGCAAAUUUGCUUUUCAAGAAGGAAAGAUUAAAACAAGAAAACUCCACCUUAUUAAAAAAGGCAAAUAGAGAUGAUGUUAAGGGAAAAGAGAAUGAGCUUUUACUACCAAGCGAACUGAAUCAAUUAAAGAUGGUCAAUGAAAGAGAGCUAAAUGUUUUUGCACGUUUGUCGAGACUAUUAUCACUUUGGGAAGUUUUCCAAAUGGCAUGA